GACAUAGUGAUUUGGCCAAUGAAAUUAGACUCAACCCUACCUUUCUCGACGCAUUUUACAUUCAGAAGCUUACAGCUGCCGCCGCUUCUGCUUUUCUGGCAAUCACUGGUGACCACUGCCGGAAUAAGCACAGUCGAAGUUUUUCCCCGUCUUGAACAAUCUAAUCUUUUUUAUAAACACACAAUAUGGGGAGCACCGGAGAGCAUCAGACGGUCCCCAAGCUUCCGGUUCCGGGGAAGCGUAACAUCCUCAUCACCAGCGCUUUGCCUUAUGUCAACAACGUUCCUCACCUGGGGAACAUCAUUGGCUGUGUGUUGAGUGCCGAUGUGUUUGCUAGGUAUUGUCGUCUUAGAGGCUACAAUGCUAUUUACAUCUGUGGGACAGACGAAUAUGGUACUGCCACUGAGACAAAGGCCAUGGAAGAGAAUUGCUCUCCUAAAGAAAUUUGUGACAAGUAUCAUGCAAUUCAUAAGGAAGUCUAUAAAUGGUUCAACAUCAGUUUUGAUAACUUUGGACGUACAUCAACUCCACAACAGACUGAAGUGUGCCAAGCAAUUUUCAAGAAACUGUUGGAGAACAAUUGGCUUGUUGAGAACACAAUGCAACAGCCUUAUUGUGAUACAUGCAAAAGGUUCUUAGCUGACAGACUAGUGGAGGGUACCUGUCCAACUGAAGGCUGUAAUUACGAUUCUGCUCGGGGAGAUCAGUGUGAAAACUGUGGAAGGCUUUUGAAUGCAACAGACUUGAAAGAUCCUAAAUGCAAAGUAUGUCGGAACACUCCACAUAUUCGUGGUACAAACCACUUGUUUCUUGAUCUUCCUGCGCUAAAGGAUAAGCUGGAAGAGUAUAUCAACAAUAUGUCAGUGGCUGGGUCUUGGAGCCAAAAUGCCAUUCAAGCAACUUAUGCAUGGCUUAAAGAGGGGCUGAAAGUAAGAUGCAUUACUAGGGAUCUUAAGUGGGGGGUUCCGGUUCCUCACGAGAGAUUUAAGGAGAAGGUUUUCUAUGUUUGGUUUGAUGCACCUAUUGGGUAUGUUUCGAUCACUGCAUGCUACACCCCUGAUUGGGAGAAGUGGUGGAAGAAUCCUGAGAAUGUAGAGUUGUUUCAAUUUAUGGGAAAGGAUAAUGUGCCGUUUCACACAGUGAUGUUUCCUUCUACACUUCUUGGGACUGCUGAAAACUGGACUUUGAUGAAGACUAUAAGUGUCACUGAGUACUUAAAUUAUGAAGCUGGCAAAUUUUCCAAGAGCAAAGGUAUAGGAGUUUUCGGUAAUGAUGCAAAGGACACAAACAUUCCUGUAGAAGUAUGGAGAUACUACUUGCUAACUAAUAGGCCUGAGAUAUCUGAUACAUUAUUUACAUGGGCUGAUCUGCAAGCAAAAUUAAACAGUGAGUUGCUAAGUAAUUUGGGCAACUUCAUCAAUCGAGUUUUGAGUUUCAUUGCUAAACCUUCAGGUCAAGGAUAUGGUUCUUUUGUUCCUGAUGCUAAUGAUGCCGAGUUACAUUUAUUGACGAAGACAUUGGCUGAAAAAGUUGGUAAACAUGUGGAUCUAUAUAUAGAAGCCAUGGAGAAGGUUAAACUAAAACAAGGGCUAAAAACUGCGAUGAGCAUUUCAAGUGAAGGCAAUGCAUAUCUGCAAGAAAGCCAAUUCUGGAAGCUUUACAAGGAAGACCAACCUUCUUGUUCUAUUGUUAUGAGAACUUCAGUGGGUCUAGUACAUCUUCUUGCAUGUUUGUUAGAACCAUUUAUGCCUUCCUUUACAGUUGAGGUAUUUAAGCAGCUUAACAUGCAACCUGAAAAGCAAGUUUCACUUUGCGAUGAAAAGGGAGAUAUUGAUAGGGCAAGAAGACCUUGGGAAAUAAUCCCUGUUGGUCAUAAAAUUGGGACGCCCAUGCCAUUAUUCAAGGAAAUGAAAGACGAAGAAGUGGAAGAAUUCAGGAAGAGGUUUGCUGGAAGUCAAGCCGAUAGGAUUAUUAGGGAGGAGGCUGAAGCUGCUAAAAUAGCUGCACAUCUGAAGAAAACAAAAGUUUCAGAUGGCAAUGAAAAGAAACAGCGGCCGACUAAAUCAGCUUCUGAAACCAAACCUAAGACUGCUGUUGAACCAGAAAAUUCCAUUUCAAGACUUGACAUCCGUGUUGGCAAAAUUACUAAAGUGAUGAAGCAUCCUGAUGCUGAUUCUUUGUACGUUGAAGAAAUUGAUGUGGGUGAAGGACAGCCUCGGACUGUAGUUAGUGGCCUUGUCAAGUAUAUACCUCUUGAAGAAAUGCAGGAGAGAAUGGUCUGUGUUCUUUGCAAUUUAAAAUCAGCAGCCAUGCGAGGGAUUAAAUCACAUGCGAUGGUUCUCUGUGCUUCCAGCAGUGAUCACACCAAGGUUGAAUUGGUUGAGCCACCAAAGUCAGCUAAGAUUGGAGAGAGAGUUACAUUCCCUGGCUAUGAGGGUGAGCCUGAUGCUGUCUUAAACCCUAAGAAAAAGGUCUGGGAGACUGUGCAAGCUGAUCUGAACACUAAUGCAGAACUGGUGGCCUGCUAUAAAGAUAUUCCAUUCACCACAUCAGCAGGUAUUUGCACUGUUUCAUCCAUUCAAAGUGGGUCAAUUAGGUAGAGAGCUUGUUUGGAUCAAACAGCAAGAAAUUUCUUGCCAUGAUUUUGACUCAUUAUGGUCAUUUAAUGUAAAAUCCCUUGUGGAUUGUGUUGACUACACGUUAUACAGACAACAAAUUAGUAAUUAUGGAUAAUUUUAUACAAUUACAGUACUAAGAAUUUGUUUGUUCUUGCUGCUGAGGCAAAAACAGUAAAGGUUCUAAAGUGAUCGAGGGAAGUUCUCUCUUGGUUGCUAUUACACAA